AUGAACAUGGAUGAUAACAGCAGCUGUAGUACUCGUUUAAAAAAAAUAGAAGAAGAAAAAAGAAACAUAAGUGGGAAUAAUUUAAAUUUGUUGUUAGGAGAUUUGAAAAUGAUGACAGCUUAUGAAAUGUCAUCUGAAUGGAAAGAUACAAAUAUGAUGAACGAAUGUUUUAACAACUUUUCGUGGUUUGAUUCAAGAAUUCUUAAAAACAUACAAAAUUAUUUAAAUGCAGAUGAUGUAGAAAGAUCAAAAAUUGAUUAUGCGUAUAAUACCUUAUUCCCAAAACCAAUUGAUAUAAAAGAUACUAAAUUAAAUAUGAUGUCCUUAUGGAUUAAAUCUCGAAUACAUUAUAAUAAUUCCUUUUUUCCUUUACAAUUAUCCUUAUAUGAUGUGUGA